AUGCACACCACAUCGGAUCCCAUUCACUCACUGCACGACGGCGACUCUCAGUCUCCGCCGCUCCACAAGAGUCAACGUGGCGGCCUCGCAUCCUCGCGAGCUGCCGCCGCCGCCGUCGCCGCCGUUGCAGAUGAAAUGUCCAUGAUCUGUGAUGACAGCGACUUCGAGCCGACGGCCGCCGGCGGCAGCAGUGCCGAUAACAGCAGCAGCACCACCAACGGAAGCGCCGCAGCCGGCGGUCCGCUUGUCAAGCCACCGUAUUCCUAUAUAGCUCUUAUCACCAUGGCCAUACUCCAGUCGCCGCAUAAGAAAUUAACACUCAGUGGAAUAUGUGAUUUUAUUAUGUCCCGUUUUCCGUACUACAAGGACAAGUUUCCCGCUUGGCAGAACUCCAUUCGCCACAAUCUCAGUCUGAAUGACUGUUUUAUAAAAGUUCCACGCGAACCGGGUAAUCCGGGUAAGGGCAAUUUCUGGACAUUGGAUCCGCUGGCCGAGGACAUGUUCGACAACGGCAGCUUCCUGCGCCGCCGGAAACGCUACAAACGUGCUCCGGCCAUGCAACGCUUCUCGUUUCCGGCGGUCUUUGGGACACUCUCGCCGUUCUGGAUACGGAAACCGGUGCCUCUGGUGCCGGUGCACUUCAACGUGCCCAACUUCAAUGGGAAUCGGGACUUUGAUGUGAUGCACACGCCAAACGAUGUGUUUGACACGGCGCUGCGUGUGGAUAAGAAAUUCAACUUUUUCGCCAAUGCGGAGGCCUCGUUUUAUCAGAAUAACAGUGACAAGUUCGAUCGUCUGUCGUUCAUCAACCGUCGGGCGGAGGCGGCGGAUGCACUGCCUCAUAGCAGCGGCGGCAGCGCUGCCAGCGAUGCGAGCAGAGCCAGCAAGUACAAAAAUCCCUAUGUGUUUGAUGUGUCCGCCGCUGUCGCCGGAUUGGGGAGAGCAGAUUACCCGGAACGAGGCAACUAUACGGAUCUCAAUGUGUACAACGAUGAUGUGGAUGCAGAUGAUGCAUCCUGCGAUAAAAUUGAUGUGGAAAGUGCCAACGAGCACGAACAGGACUCACACAUAUCGGACUCCGUGGACUCGGUGUGCACGAAUCCAAAUCGUUCAGAUGCCGCCCCCGAGACCACAGCUCGAGAUCCCGAUCCAGAUCGCGAGCCAGAGCGAACAUCGGACAGUGAUCCCGCGGCUCUGAGGUGCGCCAGGCAGACCAAUGCCAAGGACUUUCGCAUCGAGACACUGAUUGGACAUGGCCACAGUGAUGGGGCGGCCAGUGACUAA